UUCCGAAAUAUUUUACGUGAAAAAUGUUAUCUUAAUCUAUUCAACUCAAUGUGACACUGCUGUUUAAAAUCCUAUUAAGGUGUGACUCAAUUUCUAAAAACUCCCGACAUCUAUUCUUCGUUAUCAGUAAAAUAUUUAAGAUUGAUAAGACAUACUCUCAUUUAUUUUACUUCUUCCGCGUGUGGUUCGAACGGAAUAAAAUUCAAAAUCCUGUUUUGAAUUUUAUAUUGAUAAAGAAAGGUUAUAACGUGUUUAUAAGAUACAGAAGAUUUAUUACGAAAUGCCGACAACAUUGAUUGCUUUACUUUGGGUUAUAAUAUCAAGCCUUGGAACAAACGAUGUAUACGCAGAAAUAAAUACUACAUUAACGACACCAGAAGCAAAUGAAACGACAACACUAACAACGCAAACAAACCUGACAAUAAUAACACAACUAACCGAAGUAACAACAGAAGAACCAUCCACAUCAUCAAAACCACAACCAGACACAUCAAUAACAGUUGAAUCAACCGAAUCACAAGCAAACACAACACCAACAACAGAAACAACCACACCAAAAACAGCAGAACCAAACGCAUCACAACAAAACACAACAACAGCAGCAGACACAUUCACACCAACAACAGGAGAAUCAAUCGCGUCACAACCAAACACCACACCAACAACAGUAGAAUCAAUAACACCACAACCAAACACAACAACAACAGCAGAAACAACCACACCACCAACAGCACAAACACACACAUUACCAAUAGCAAAACAAACACCAUCAACAACAGCAGAACCAACAACAGUAUCAAACGCACAACCUACUACAUCAAUAACAACACCACCAGUCACGAAAUCCCUGACAACACAACCAACCUUAUCAUCCAGCUCAACACUGCCAUCACCACAGUCCACAAAAAUACAAUCCUCAAAACAAUCAUCAGCAUCAACACACGGACCCUUUUCACUAUUAACACUAGAACCAAACACAUCAAUAGCAUCAACAUCAAAAUCUACGGCAACUUCCGCAUCAUCAAUAUCUACAAAACGCACAUCUUCCGCACCAACAUUAACGAGUGGUCCCGUAACAACAAAAUAUGAAACACAUCCUGCUAUAAAUGGUAAUCAUUGUCGACUUGGAUUUAAAUUGAAAGCUAAAGAAGAUAAAAUAUGUGUUUACUUGUGCGAGGAUAAAGUCUGUCAGAACGACGGAGUGUGUACUUUGGUAAAUGAUAUGGCUGGAAACAAGCCCGUGCCUAUGUGCAGAUGCAAAACAGACGAUGAUACAGAAUACAGUGGGGAUAGCUGCGAAAUAUCCAAACCAAGCCGAUUGAAGGAAAGGAAGAUAACUCUUGGUAUUCUAAUUCCUGUGGCCUGCAUUCUCCUAUUGAUCCUGACAUGUACAUGUCUUAAAUUAAAAAGAAAUAGUAAAGCUGCACGAGCGCUUGGGAACAAUUACGAUUUAAACUCUGGAGCUCUUUGACAAAAUUGAUUGUAUUGCAUGAAAUUUCUUUUUUCACUUUUUCACUUCUCACAAAUUUUAUCUCAU